GGUAGCGAUGGCUGGUAAGCCCGGUGACAGCAGCAACAUCAAGUGGCAGCUGUGUUAUGAUAUGUCAGCACGGACCUGGUGGAUGGAUGAGUUUCAUCCGUUUAUCGAGGCCCUGCUUCCGCACGUGAGAGCCAUCGCCUAUACAUGGUUCAACCUGCAGGCCCGCAAGCGCAAGUACUUCAAGAAGCACGAGAAGCGGAUGUCCAAGGACGAGGAGCGCGCGGUCAAGGACGAACUCCUGUCCGAGAAGCCCGAGAUCAAGCAGAAGUGGGCGUCGCGCCUGCUGGCCAAACUCCGCAAGGACAUCCGCCAGGAGUACCGGGAGGACUUCGUGCUGUCCGUCACGGGCAAGAAGCACCCGUGCUGCGUGCUCUCGAACCCGGACCAGAAGGGCAAGAUCCGGCGCAUCGACUGCCUGCGCCAGGCGGACAAGGUGUGGCGGCUGGACCUGGUGAUGGUCAUCCUGUUCAAGGGCAUCCCGCUGGAGAGCACGGACGGCGAGCGGCUGGUCAAGGCGCCGCACUGCACCAACCCCAUGCUCUGCGUGCAGCCGCAUCACAUCACGGUGUCCGUCAAGGAGCUCGACCUCUUCCUGGCGUACUACGUACACGAUCAAGACUCGCAGCAGUCUGGAAGCCCCAGCAACAAUGAGCCAGGCAAGACUCCAGGUACUCCAUCCUCAGCUCCCAUUACGCAGGGUGCUAGUGUGAACUUCUCCAUGGCUGAUAUGAGUCAGCCCUACUACCACGAUCUCAACUCCAGCUCUGGACUACACAGAUCCCUCUCCUCCCCACCCGGCAGUAAGCGUCCGAAGACGAUAAUGGAGGACAGCAUGGAGACGAGUCCCACAGGUCCAGACUUCUACUCCUCGCCCUCGUCACCAGCCAGCGGCAGCAGAGCCUGGCACGAGAGGGACCAAGAUAUGUCCUCUCCCACGAUGAAGAAGCCGGAGAAGGCUCUGUUUAGUCCCCAGUCGCCACAGGAUUCCUCACCGCGACUAUCCAGCUUCCCACAACACCACCACCCUGGACUGGGGCAUAGCGUGAUUUCGUCGAGGAGUCCGCCCCCCCACUCUCCGCUGGGGUUCCCGGGGUCCACCAUCCUGCCCCCCGCCCCCUCCCCGUACUUCUCGCACCCCACCAUCCGCUACCCCCCCCACCUCAACCCCACCGACACCAUCAAGAACUACGUGCCCUCGCCGUACGACCCGUCCAGCCCGCAGGCCAGCCAGCCUAACAGUAGUGGUCAGGUGGGUAAGGUGCCCGGCCACUUCACCCCAGUCCUGGCCCCUUCCCCCCACCACGGGGCAGUCAGACCCGUCACUCUGCCCAUGGCCGACACCAAGCCCAUCACCACAUCCACCGAAGCCUUCUCGGCUCCGGGCACCCCAACAUCGAAUCGCUUCGUCGGACUCAGAGACCCAGCCUUCUUACAUCAGCAACAGCAGCCCUGGUACCUGGGCGAGCUUAAUGCCCUUCCAGGUGGGGAGCGGGACCCAGAUGCUGCAGCCAAGUGUCCAGAGCUACAGCAUAAACAUCACUGGUGAGACCGGCAACUGAGGAGCUCAGGAGCUGAGGAGCUGAGGAGCUGAGGAGCUGAGCCAACCAAUCACGAGCCAGGACCAGCCCAGCCCAGCCCAGCCCAGCCCAGACCAGCCAAUCCGGAGCCAAGACCCAGCCCAAGACCUGCCCAACCCAGCCCAGCCCAGCCCCACCCCCAGCCCAAUCAGGACCUGCCGGCCGCAUGACUGACAGGUCCCGCGGACAAACCAGCAAGCAGCACUUAUACAUAGAUUCUAUACGUACAGUAUACAGUACAGUACAG